UGCGGAAGCACAGAGUGGAAUGUUGAUACAUUGUUGUUGUUUUGUAGUUAAUUUAGUUCAGGGAAACAUUUCGCUUCGGUUGCAGGACGCGAGACAGGGCUCGACCUGUUGAUUCCAGGACACUUCUCAGAGAUUCCGCGUUCAUAAGACAGAUUUUUGAGGAGUUCUGACUAGCUGCUUGUAUGCAGGGCAUGACGACUCAUUUUAAAGCGGGCAAAGCUUUAAAGGUCAAGAAGGAGGUGGGUGAGAAUGCCCCGGCGCUCAGUGAUGACGAGCUGGUGGCCAUGUCGGUGCGGGAGCUCAACCAGCACCUGCGCGGGUUGACAAAGGAAGACAUGGUCCGGCUGAAGCAGAGGCGGCGCACGCUAAAGAACCGCGGUUACGCUGCCAGCUGCCGCAUCAAGCGUGUCACACAGAAAGAGGAGCUUGAACGGCAAAAAACAGAGCUGCAACAAGAAGUGGACAAACUGGCUCGUGAAAACGCCAGCAUGCGAUUGGAGCUGGACGCACUUCGUGCUAAGUACGAGGCCCUGCAGUGCUUUGCCCGGACUGUCACCCGUGGGCCACCUGGUAAGGUGGCCACCACCAGCGUCAUCACUAUUGUCAAGUCUGCCAAUCACAGCCCCAGCUCUGCCCCUUUUUCAGCACAUUCGUAGUCCUGAUCCUGCCUAGCUCCUUUCUGAUCCAGUCCAGCUCUGAAUCUAGACAGGCUCACGGGCCGCCGCUCGACCCACACUGAGAGGAAGCUCAGUGGUCAGACUGAGAGGAGGGUGGCGGCCUUAAUCUGCGUGACUACAACAGGCUGCAUCCAUUUUUUCACUUCUCUCUCUUUUACACACUCAAAAAACACCUAUACAUACAAAAACACAUCUAUAUUGUCUGUGCACUGUGCUAUAACCUCCGGCACCGGCAGGGCACACUGACCACUCUUUCAACCUCACCACAGGCUGAGAUUUAGCAGAGAUGAGCACUUGUUAAUGUGUGAGAUAGUACUUGACUUAACCUGCCAUGGCAGCACUGGUUCGACAGCUAUGAUGGCCAUGACAAAUUAUUACCGUAUUUUUCAGACUAUAAGUCACACCUGAGUGUAAGUUGCAUUGGUCCAAAAAUACGUCAUGAUGAGGAAAAAAAACAUAAAUAAGUCGCACUGGACUAUAAGUCGCGACUUAUAGUCCGAAAAAUACGGUAUACAUAUUUAUAGUUUAAACAUGCACUACCGUUCAAGUUUGGGGGCAGACUAGUUUUUUUUUUUUUUUUUAAGAAAAUAAGAAAUUAAUACUUUUAUUCAUCAAGGACUAAAUAGAUCAUAGUAACAGUAAAGACAAUAUACAUCAAUAGAAUCCUGAAAAUCUUGGUUUCCUCUAAAAUAUGAAUCAGCAACUGUUUUCAACAUUGAUAAUCAGAAAUGUUUGUUGAGCGGUAAAUCUGCAUAUUGGCAAGGAUCGUGGGACACUAAAAACUGAUUUAAUGAUGCUGAAAAUUCAGCUUUGCAUCCCAGGAAUAAUAAAGCAUGUUAAAUAAAAAAAUAUAUAUAUUUACAAUUGUAAUAAUAUUCCACAGUAUUAAUGUUUUUACUGUAUUUUUGAUCAAAACAUCUUGCCUUGGUGAGCAAAAGCAUACUACUUUUUUUUUUUUUUUUUUACCCAGCCCAAUCUUUUGAAAAGGAGAUCAGAAAUAGUUUGUGAUGUCAUCUUGCGUCAUGAAAUACGUUGGCAUAAGCUCAUAAUACAUUAGUAUAAAAUGAUACCUGUCAUUGUGAAAGACCAGCGAUUCUGAUCCUGGUAAAGUAUAAGGUGUGACCAACACAGUCCAAAGCUGAGAACGUUGAGAAUGAUGUUAACAACAUCAAGAGCAAAUCCUUAUCCUGAAGCGUUACAUUACUGUUAAACAGCAAAUUAUCCAAUGGGAAAAGAGAUGAUUCUCUCUUAGUCAGCAGUUUAAACAUAGGAAUCUCAAAUGGGAAAACGGCACUUAUUUUAACUGUUGAAUUACAGUAUAAUACUAUGAAGCACUUGCAAAGCAGACUGACGUAUGUGAAUAUUCACGACUGAAAUUACAUUGUAAACUGAGUUUCUAGAAAAGGGCACUUCAUGGAGUUUUGUUUUAUGAGAGGUUAGUUAGUACGAUGUUAAUUAUCCUCAAAGUGUAAUGUGUUGAUGAUAACAUCCAAGCGGCACAUCUAUCAAAGAUAUUCCGUUUUUCCUGACCUAAUUCUACACGACACCAUAAAAUGGUAGAUAAUCCAUAUUGGAUAUAUAAUGAUGACAGGAGCUGUCUUGGCCAAAAAACAAAUGCAGUUCAGUUAUAACCUGUAUAUUACGGAACUGAGUUAACAGCCUUAAGCUUAAAAAUAACGUCAAAAUUAAGCUCACAAUUUCUUACAGACAAUUCCGUCCACUCCGAAAGCAUUCCUUCUGCAAAGUCACAAAAGGUGCCACUGCCGGUGUUGGUAACCCUGAUUAAAAAUGUAUAUAAAAUGCAAAUAUUUGAUAUUUCGACACAUGCUCUUGGGUAAGGAGAAUCCUGGUGUCCUGAAACCAGCUCAAAAGUUAAUCUCUAAAACAUUAACACAACAUUUAUAUUUGGUAAAACUGAUCUGUCAUAAAAAUCAAGAUGGCUGAAAUCAGGAUUGUCUCUUACCUAAGUGGCUAUGACUGUUCGUGUGAGCCCUCCCACGCCUGCAGGAAGCAUUAGAGGGGUAUUGUGCUGUUUGCCCCACAUCUCUGGGGUCCUGUUGAGCUCUUAGCAUUUUCAUGUCUCCACAAGUGUUUAUGUCUCUUUAUCCCCAAACAUAAUCCAAUCUAAUGUUUCCCAUUGUUUCUAUAGUUUAUAUGUAACAUCUUCAGAUUGGUGUGAUUCUUUUACUCAUUUUUAAUCACAGUGGUUAAUUAAACUGAUUUUAGUUCAGAUGUCCAAUAGAAGAAAGAUGUUUUAGCCUUAAACUCCCACUCUUAAUUUCUCUAUGUCAGCUCAUACAACCUAACACACUAUUAGUUUUAUUGCGAAUGGUAGUGUUCAGAUGCUAUUGUGGAUAUUUAUAUUAAGAGUGCAGAUUUUAAGAACAUGUAAUCUCAGUAUUCAUCAUGUAUUUGCCAUUGUUUUUGGUCCUAUAGCUAGCAUUUCAAAGCAUGUCAGAACCUCUGUUUGUGAAAGUGUCUUGUGCAGUACUUUUAAAUGUGACCACAGCUCUGGUUGCCAGAUCCUCUUCUCUGGUCUUAUGGGUUUUUAAAUAGUUGUCUCUACUUUCCUUUUAGGCAACAAAAGCCUUGGAGUGAAAAAAAAAAAAAAAAUCCCAGGAAUUGUCCAUUUGUCAUGGUGUGGCCAAGACCUAAUACAUUACAUGAUAUUAGAAUUUAUCAGCAUUUACUUCCCUUGAUAGAAAGUGUUACGUGUCACUUCUUUAUGAAAUUAGAGUGUAUGGUGACAGAUUGUACUUUAUUAUUUUUUUUUUAAAGAGAGCGAGAGAGAAAUUGACAAACCAUCUCUUUCUGUGCUUUACACUGACAUCUGGUGGUGAUUUGUAUUUCUCAAUUUUUCUAAAUGCUGUGAUCGGAUGCUGAUGACACCAAGAGCUAUAAUUUCUUGGACUAUUGAGGCAUUGCUGUUUUGCUUUGCGUUCAUUUCAGCUGCCACCAAAGCCAUAACCCAUCGGUGUGCUUUCUUUAAAGUUCACUUCAUUUCUGUUCUUUUAUUAUUUUUAUUGUGAGUUAAACAAGCUACAAACCCUCUAGUAACUAGAUCGUAAUGCCCUAAUUUAGACUAAUAAGAACACAACAUGCCGUCACAGAGCUAUUUUGUCAUUUUACAGGGAGGCCAGUGGUUUUGGCCAGUUAGUUUAGUUAUUUGUGUUAUCAGUACUGACCGAGGCAUUACAGGUCAUCUUGUGACUGAGGCCUGUAGACAUUUCCCUAUUUUACAACAGUUUUGUGCAGUAAACGUUCCUCCCGACACGGUUAGAUGGUGAAGAUGGUCUUUAAACUAAGUGGGUACUUUUUCACUCUUUUUAUUUUUAUUCUAUGUAUGCUGUAUGUGGCCUUUUGGGCUGAAUGGGAUAAAUUAUUCUAUAUUUUACAUAUGAAUAUAUCUAUUUUUCAAAGUAUAUAUUAUGUGCUCAGUCAAUUCUUAAAAGCUAUUUACCAUGUACGCACAUAGGAAUUUUAACCAAUGCUCUUUAAAACACACUUGCCUAUAAAAAUCUUAGAGAAACUCCAUGACGUAUAAAGUAUGCUGCUCCAAAUUAUUACUUUAUAUUUGUCAAUGCUAAUAUGAAACUGUAAGGUAUUGGGGGAAGUAAUCAUGUUAUUUGUGGUUAAAAUAGUGCCUUUAACUUGUCAUCAUUUAAGUACUGUAUGAAAGGGUGUGGUUGUUUUGUAAAAUCUUAUUUCCGUGUACAACCACGUUGAACAGAUUUGCCUGUUUGAUAUGUCUCCUUGGCUUUAUUGUUGUGCUAUAUAUAAAAGCAGUUGUAAAUACGGACACCAAGAAAGGAAGCAAAAGCUAAGCUUUGAUUAAUCAUAUACAUGAUUCUCAUCAUUAAUCUGCUUGUAUCACAUUGAUCUUUGAUAUUUAUUUUAUUCUUUUAUUUUCAACAUCUAAAUUAUUUUAUUUACAUUCUUUUCGUUUCAAUGAACUACCAUCAUGUACAAAUGAAAUAUAUUUUUUUUCAUUCUGGCUAAAUUUGAGGUGGUAAAUUAUUCCUGUACAAAGUCUGCAGUGUUUGUUUUGUACUUUUAAAUAAAGCUUUUUCUCAUGUAA